GAGUUGGAAGUGGUGUGAAAUUAGGAUACCUUCACCCUAACUAUUUAAAUAUCGGAUUAGCAUAAACGGAGCCACUGCAGCCCAACCGGAGCCCCAGUUGGACCAGGACACUGUCCGUUCAUCUCAGCUUGUACAAAGCUCUUUUUGAUAGUCAUCGAUCAAUCGAUAUAAUGGCUGCGAUUCAUAAAACCCUAGUAUUUCUCAUCUGGGCAGUGAUUAUAUGUUCUGUUGAAGUCCUUGCAAAGAAAUCUCCCCGCCCAAUUUCUGACACCGAAGUUCGACAAAGGAAACAAAAUUGCUACUCAGACAUUGAACUUGGAUAUUGGGGCAAGCAAUGCAAAUCUUCAAUGGUAGCAAAGGAGAAUUGUGCUUUAAAAUGCCUGUCACCAGCUUGCUAUGAGCUUAUUUAUGAGAGUGAUCCGCUGGAAGAAGGGGAGAAAGAUUAUGUGAGGAGCCAAGAGUACAAGUACUGUAUGCAUAGAUUGUCUUUGGGAGAGAGCUUGGAUGGUGUUAGAGGUUCUUUUGAUUAAACAAGGAAUUGAAGACUAAAAUGUGUUGUGUUUUUAAACUAGUAUUUAAGAAGGUUUGCUUUUUUGAAGGGUUAAAACUUUUUUUUUGUGUAAAGUACUUGUAAUUAUUGAAGUUGUUUGAUUCCUGGAAAUGAUCAUGUGCAUUGUCAUGUUGUA